GGGGCGCCUGGAAACCGGUCGAAGGCGCGCGAGGGAGAGGAGAGCUAGUGAGUUGAGGGAUAGACACAAAUGGUCAGGCGGCGGCGGCGGAGAAGGAGGCGGAGGCGUAGGGGGGAGCGGAGGCCGCUCGGCUGCCCUGAGUUGCGCGCUCUAUCGCGCCGCGGCCACUAGCGCGGCGCCGCCAGCCGGGAGCCAGCAAGCGCAGGGCCAGGAAGGCGGGACGCGACCCCGGCGCGCCCGAGCCACCCGGGCUCUCCCCGCCGCCCGCGCUUCAUGAAUCGCAAGUUUCCGCAGCGGCGGCGGCUGCGGGACGCGGAGUGGGAGCCGGAGGAGCGGGUAGAGCGCGGCACGGGCUGGACGGAGGGAACCGGCGUGGAGGAGACAUCCCCGACCGCUGGGAGAGCCGCCGCCCGCCGCGCCACCUCCAGCCCCAGCCGAGCCGUGCAAAGAAAGGAGCCGAGAAAGUAUGGCUGAGGAGGAGGUGCCUAAAAAGUCCCGGGCCGCCGCCGCUGCCGGCGGGUGCUGGGAACUUUGUGCCCGGGCUCUCCCGGCGGGGCCGGCGGCAGAAGGGAGUUGGGACGCUGGCCACCGCCGCCGCUGCCCCCCAGUUGACUCUCGGCGCUUGGCGCGCUGGCUACUGCUCCUGCUUUGGCUACUGGAGGCCCCGCUGCUGUUGGGGGUCCGGGCUCAGGCAGCGGGCCAGGGGCCCGGGCCAGGUCAGCAGCCCCCGCCGCCGCCGCCUCAGCAGCAACAGAGCGGGCAGCAGUACAACGGCGAGCGGGGCAUCUCCAUCCCGGACCACGGCUACUGCCAGCCCAUCUCCAUCCCGCUGUGCACGGACAUCGCGUACAACCAGACCAUUAUGCCCAACCUGCUGGGCCACACGAACCAGGAGGAUGCGGGCCUUGAGGUGCACCAGUUCUACCCUCUGGUGAAGGUGCAGUGCUCAGCCGAACUCAAGUUCUUCUUGUGCUCCAUGUACGCGCCUGUGUGCACUGUGCUGGAGCAAGCUCUGCCGCCCUGCCGCUCCCUCUGCGAGCGCGCGCGCCAGGGCUGCGAGGCGCUCAUGAACAAGUUUGGCUUUCAAUGGCCCGACACGCUCAAGUGCGAGAAGUUCCCGGUGCACGGCGCCGGCGAGCUGUGCGUGGGCCAGAACACUUCGGACAAGGGCACUCCGACACCCUCUCUGCUGCCGGAGUUCUGGACCAGCAACCCCCAGCACGGCGGCGGGGGACACCGUGGAGGCGGCUUCCCCGGGGGCGCCGGAGCAUCGGAGAGAGGCAAGUUCUCCUGCCCGCGCGCCCUCAAGGUGCCCUCCUACCUCAAUUACCACUUCCUAGGAGAGAAGGACUGCGGCGCGCCCUGUGAGCCGACCAAGGUGUACGGGCUCAUGUACUUCGGGCCCGAGGAGCUGCGCUUCUCGCGCACCUGGAUCGGCAUCUGGUCGGUGCUGUGCUGCGCCUCCACGCUUUUCACGGUGCUCACGUACUUGGUGGACAUGCGGCGCUUCAGCUAUCCGGAGCGGCCCAUCAUCUUUUUGUCGGGCUGUUACACUGCCGUGGCGGUGGCCUACAUCGCCGGCUUCCUGCUGGAGGACCGGGUGGUGUGUAACGACAAAUUCUCCGAGGACGGGGCGCGCACUGUGGCGCAGGGCACCAAGAAAGAGGGCUGCACCAUCCUCUUCAUGAUGCUUUACUUCUUCAGCAUGGCCAGCUCCAUCUGGUGGGUGAUCCUGUCGCUUACCUGGUUUCUGGCGGCCGGCAUGAAGUGGGGCCACGAAGCCAUCGAGGCAAACUCGCAGUAUUUUCACCUCGCCGCCUGGGCCGUGCCGGCAAUAAAGACCAUCACCAUUCUGGCGCUGGGCCAGGUGGAUGGCGAUGUGCUCAGCGGGGUGUGCUUCGUGGGGCUUAACAACGUGGACGCGCUGCGUGGCUUCGUCCUAGCUCCUCUCUUCGUGUACCUGUUCAUCGGCACGUCCUUUCUGCUGGCCGGCUUCGUGUCACUCUUCCGCAUUCGCACCAUCAUGAAGCACGACGGUACCAAGACCGAGAAGCUGGAGAAGCUCAUGGUGCGCAUCGGCGUCUUCAGCGUGCUUUACACCGUGCCAGCCACCAUAGUCAUUGCCUGCUACUUCUACGAGCAGGCCUUCCGGGACCAGUGGGAACGCAGCUGGGUAGCCCAGAGCUGCAAGACCUACGCCAUCCCCUGCCCCCACCUCCAGGCCGGUGGAGGGGCUCCACCGCACCCGCCCAUGAGCCCCGACUUCACAGUCUUCAUGAUCAAGUAUCUUAUGACGCUGAUCGUGGGCAUCACGUCCGGCUUCUGGAUCUGGUCCGGCAAGACCCUCAACUCCUGGAGGAAGUUCUACACCAGACUCACCAACAGCAAACAGGGGGAGACCACCGUCUGAGGCCUGGGGGCUUGCUCAGCCUAUUCCCAGCCCUCAGCCCGUCCCCAGCCACCCUGAAAACCUUCCCCCAUGGAAUUCCGACCAAGCCUGGCUACUACAGGCUUCCUCACUAGACAAUUUCGCGGGCUUCUUUUAACAGCAUAACUCCUGCAAAAGCUUCCGUCCCUGGGGGCAAACGGACUCAAGGGCCCAAUUUCUUGAGGGGGGGAUGGACCGACCUCUCUCGCUGGUACCAGCACUGUAUGCUUUUAUGAUUGUAAAUAGCCUGUGUAAGAUUUUUGUAAGUAUAUUUGUAUUUAAAUGACUGAUCUCGCGUUUUCUUUUCCUUUGUUUUUUUUUUUUUUUGGAUUUAAAUAUGAAUUCUUUAAGGCUGUCUAACCAUUCGAGGCUUCUCUCUCUUCCCUUUCCAGAGUGCUGCCGAGACCUGCGGGAGUGACCUGCGGGAGUGCACCCGCUGGGUGCUCCGGCUGGUUGGCUUGCGCCCCUCCCUGCAGCGCUGGGGUGGUGCGUCUGGGACUGCGCUGUUCGGGUCACUUCCCACCUCCUCUUUCUGCUCCCUCCCUUCCCCUCCUUGCUUGAGUUUGGAGAUAGUAAGGUCCUGACCGUUCAAGCUUUGGAGUCUGCCCUUGUUCGGGGCCCAGAUUUGUCCCUUUGACUUCCCCAAGCUGAUUUUUCCACUGUCGAGAACCUUACCCCUAGCUUCAAGGAGGCUGGUGGUUUGUGGUUACUGAAAGUCCCAGACUCCCGCCCUCCGCGCUGGCCUCCGAAGCCCAGACAGUCCCUCCUUCCACCUAAGUCGGUUAGAGGGUGAGUGGGAUAAGCAAUGCCAAACUUUUUAAAGUCUGAUUUUUGGUGGAUGAGCUCAUUUCAUUCUCUAGUGUCUAAAACCCGGUAUGAGUUUGGCCAGCGUCGUGGAAAGAUGCAGUUACUGAGAUUGGGAAAGAGGCACGAAGCUUUGUGUGGGUUGGAAGAGACCGAAGAUGGGGCUUAUAAAACGUUCAUUCUAAUUGUACACCGACGCCUGGCCACCUGCCUUCAGGACUGAGUUCGAGUAUAGAUUUUAGCUUUCUGUAAAAUGGAAACGUUGAGGUCACCUGCAAACCUUUGUCAAGGAGCUGAUUGAUCUUUGCUCUUCUUUAUGGGACAGCAGAACGUAAACUAAAUAUGAAAACUUGAAGGAGAUUUCAGUGCAAUGGGCUUCCUCAAAAUGCAGUGCUACUUUAGGAUUUUUUUGGUCAAAUAAUAAUUAGACAUAUAUCAGAAACUUUAAAAUGUAAAAGGUGUAUUUUCAACAUACUAUGAUUCUUACUCAGCAACAUCUGAGGGAGGAAUAAUCCACAUCAUUAGUACCAACCUGGUAAAGGAAGUGGACUAACUGAUGGGAUUAGCUCCUGAAAUAUACAAAACAUGGGCAUGCGUGCUCAAAAUAUCCGCAGGUCUGCUGCAUGGAAUCCUGUGCACUCCCGUUUGGAUUUACAGAAAUGUAUCAGAUGUAAAUCUUUCAAAGCCAUUUAAAAAUAUUCACUUUAGUUCUCUGUGAAAAAGACGAGAAAAGCAAUCCUCCUGAUUGUAUUGUAAACUUUAAGAGUUUAUCAAAAUGCCGGUACUUAGGAGCUAAAUUUAUCUGUGUCUGUCAUACCCUAAAAUGACAAUGGUCUUUGAACUUGGUAUGCAUUUAUUCUGUUCACUAAAUCAUUUAUAUUUAUAGAGGAAUAGAAGUUUAUAUAUAUAUAAUACCAUAUUUUUAAUUUCACAAAUAAAACAAUCAAAGUUUUGUACAAAAUUAUAUGUUUUUUGUGCCUGAAAACAAUAGAGUGGAAACUGUCUAAACUAUGAACUAGCUUUAUAUUUUAUAGUGUCUAGUGGCCAGUCCCACAGUAUAUAAAUUCAGGAAUUCAAUGAAAAAGCCUGUCUUUAAACCUUCGUGCUGUCUUUCCAAGCAGUUAUCCUAUUUGCAUUGUGACUGACAUUGUGAAGUCCCCAGGAAAGAUAUGCAUUCAUGAUAGUAACUCUAAAAUACGAGUUUGAAAAUUAUUUCUUUACUCAAAGAAGAGUAUUAAAGAGAGAACCCUAAUUUUAAUAUUAGAGUUUUUUUUCUUUCAAGGGGUAAAUUUACAUGACUUUUUAUAAUAUGGAGGUUUAUUUUUAAAUCAUCAGCCAUCCCCUUUAUCACAAUUUUUAUAAAGUAUUAUCUUAUAUUUUCCAUAAUCUUGGAUAUUCUAAAACCCUACAUAGGUAUUCAGUAAAUGGUUAACUGACUGUGUUUAUAAGCAUUUUAAGCAGCAGUUGGGUGUAUAAGACUGUUUUGUUGUUUGCUUUCGAAGACUCCAUUUUUAUAUUGUUCAAGGAACCUUCUCCAGAAGCAUUAUCUAGUUGGUCUACUCUUAGAAUUUAUAUAUAUAUAUAAGUAUAUAUAAAUGUAUAAUAUAUGUAUACACAUAUAUCUAUAUACAUAUAAGUAUACAUACACAUUAAUUUUUAUAAAAUAGAGAUGCAAAGUUUACUUAUACACUUUAAAAUAUGGAAUUAAGGUUAUGAGAAGUGGAAAAUACCAGGUGGAAAACCUCAAAUACCUUUGAAAAACAUGUCUCUUAUUCCUUUACAGUCUAAAACUAUCUUGAUUACAUUUUCCAUGAAAACACUUUGUGGUAAAAUGACAAGGGGUUAAAAUGAAGACCAUCGAUACAAUAGAGUUACUUUCAUGGUUGUAAGGUAAUUGUCUUAUAAGUCAUCAUUAUUUAUUUUCAGGCAAAUGAAAAAGGUAAAUCUACUGGAAAAUACAACAUUCAGUUUUAAGUACCAAGAUGCAGUUUGAUGUUUUGUUCUUUGUUACAUUAAUCUACCACAGUAGAUAUAUGAGAAGGUUUUAUCAUAUAGACACACACAAAAAAUAACAAUUCUUACAACAGAUCAAAACAUGUCACCUCACAAGAUAAUUCAAUCAGAUAAUUUCUGGGGGGGGGGAAAUUUAGAUUAUUAUUCUCUAUCCAAGAAAUAAAUAUAAAGCAUUCUUAUUAUAUGUGUCCUUAAUGUAACUAUAACUUUGAUACAGAAAGGUUUGAUAGUGCUGGAUUUCAAUACCUUUAAAAGACAUAUUUAAGUCAACACCAGGCUUUGUGUUUAGGAAACAACUAAUUUAAAGUUAUGUAGAAUAUAGAAAGUCAGUGUAUUAUUUUGUUUCUUUAAAUACUGGUGGCAAAAUAAGACUUUGCUGGAAAAUUGUGAAGCUGCUGGGAAUAUGGUGCCAUUAACAUACUGUUUCCAUGAUAAACCUAUUUUCAGAUGAUUUGGUUUGCUCACUUUAUUUUUUUUGAACCAGCUAUCAAUGGGAGUCAAUUUUCUCCCUUACGAUGUGCUUAAUUCCGCUUUCAUACAUAGUACAAAAGCCUUCUGAUGCUCUUUUUUUUAAAAAGCCAUUUUUAACUUAAACUUUGUGGGGGCAGAAAGUCAUAUUUUUAAAUCUCAAAGCCAGCCAAUAUCAAACAUAGCAAAACAGCUGGACCGGAUUUUUCAGUUGGUAUGGGGUAGUCACUUGUCAGCCUGAGUUUACAGGCCUGGCCCUUUUGUCUCCAGUGAGCACUGAAGCCUCUUCUCGUUGCAUCAUUUCUGAAGUCCAGCACUGAACCAGGAGAGGAGACCACAGCGAAGAGUUUGGUGGCCAAUUAAGAGAAAAAAAUUGCCUAAACCACAAACCAAUUCUGGACCUGGAUGGCUUCCAAUCACUUCCUGAUAUCAUGUUUCAAUCUUGGUAUAUUUGUGAUUGUUUUCAAAGAUGCUAUGUAUUUAGUGCGUGUGUUUGGGUUCAACUUCAGCAACUCUAGCUUUUAUUGCUUUCUAAUCCAUCUAUUGGCUCUAGGCCACAUUUUGUGUAACGUACAUGCAGUUAAUUGAAACCAGUGGCGUGACACUGGGUAUCCUGAUACAUGUCUGAUUAUACUGUUCUGUGUAACCAGGGACUGAGAGAUAAGAAUCAAAUUGUGGUGAUUACCUAUGUCUUAAGGUGAACACUAAUAGAGUUAUUGAAUACUUUACAGAAUAUGCUAACUUCAAAAUUUUGCAGGAUUACCCCUAGGAGCCAAAAUAAGAUAUGGAUUACAUGUAAGAACUCUACAGUUACAUUACAAAAAAGAAAUUGCAAUACUGCCUGAAAUUCAAGGCUCUUAUCUUAAGGCCCUUACAUUUGACAUGGGGGGUCUUACAAGGGCCCUUGUCAAACAAGGUACAGCUUAUUUUGGUGAUUCCUAAGAUUUAUAUCAAUAUUUUGAACCUUUGGCAGAUAUUAGUAGAAUCUGAAAAAUGGUACUUGGGCUUCAAUCAUGACUCAGAAUUCCCUUAAGCUUUCUGGGCUUAAAUAUUUCUGUACACUUUGGUCAUACCUUUUAACAAUGGGUAUGUUAAACCAUAACAAUUAUAGUGACAAGCUUGUUUGGAACCUGGAGAUUAAAAGGCAGAUAGACUCUAGACUAAUUUUAUUAAGGUUUAUCAUGAUUUGUGGUGACAGGUGUCUCUGUUCCACUACAAAAUCAAGUUUCUAUUUAAAUAUAAUAACACUUCCUUUGUGUAGUUUUACUUAUGAGUUGGUGUGGGACCCUAAUAACAGGUCAAAUCAAAGGACUCCUCACAGAAAUCUUUAUCGUGCAAUAGAUAGUCUCGAGUGCAAUCUACAAGUACAUCUUGUAAUGGACAUAGAGGGAGUAUCCUAAAGGUUAUCAUCAGCUUUAUGUCAAGCAGAUUCUUAGACUGCUUUAAAAAACAAGCAUUUUCCAAAAGAUUUCUCUAAAACAUUUUAUAUUAAGAUGGUAAUAUUCUAAAGAGGCUUAUUUGGGGGUGAUAAAGCCAAGUUAUGUUUUCUAAAGGAAUCAUUAAUACACUAGUUGAAUGGCAUAGUUGUAUAACUAAUAACUCUCUAAAAGCAAAGCAUUAGAAUAGCAUUGAUUUGAAC